AUGGUGCAUACGAGCGUCGCACGCCAACGCGGCGGAGAUAGCGGACGUGUCGGAGACUACAGUGGAGGACUGAAGCUAUUUCUUGUUAUUCGCAAGUUCAUCAAGCCUGGGACAACAAUCUACUCAGACAUGUACGCCACAUACGUUACCGAAAGGAAGACUAAGCGCGGCUUGAGCCAGGAGCUUCAGCAGCCGCGUCGCAUGGGGAUGGAGCCACAGGAGCACGUACAGGACUUGAACUACACGCACAAGUAUGUGAACCACUCAGAACACUACGUGGAUCCAGAGACUGGAACACAUACAAACACUAUAGAAGACCUGUGGGAGAUCCACAUCAAACGCCACACCAAAGUCAUGCGAGGUAUGACGAAGAGUGCCCUCGAUGGCUAUUUGGACGAGUAUGUGUGGCGCUCGUGGUUCUUCCCACGGAAGGCUACCACCGCUCAGGCUAUGUGUGGCUUAGUGCAGCUAAUUAACCGUCACGGGGCGUAG